GUCAAGAGAACGGCUUCCGGGUUAGGAUGGCUACUUGCUACAUAUUGCUUCACUGCCUGAAAGUGUGAUGUUCGAUUCUAAAGUUGAGUGAGAUGCCCCUUGUAAUUUUUUGCGGCUUUCCCUGUAGCGGUAAGAGCCGCAGAUCGGAAGAAUUAAAAGAGUAUUUAACCGAGAAGACAGGUAGGAGAGUCCUUGUGGUCGGAGAUGAGACGGCAGGAAUUGACAAGAACUCGGUGUAUUCAGAUUCACAGAAAGAAAAGAAUUUAAGAGGAGUCCUAAAGUCUGAAGUGGAGAGGAAGAUUACCAAAGAUGAUGUUGUGAUUCUGGAUUCACUAAAUUAUAUAAAAGGCUAUAGGUAUGAACUGUUCUGUCUCAUCAAACAUGCACAAACUCCACAUUGUCUGGUAUAUUGUUUGACAUCUGCAGACAUUAGCUCUACUUGGAACAGUAUCAGAGAAAAAGAAAAACAAUAUAAACAAGAAAUAUUAGAUUCUCUUAUUAUGAGGUUUGAAUCACCAGAUUCAAGGAAUAGAUGGGACAGUCCUCUUUUUACAGUACAGAAAGAUGACAUACUUCCUUUUGAAGAAAUUUGUGAUGCGAUAUUUAGCAGGAAAGCCCCACCACCUAAUCAGUCUACCCAGAGUCAACCACUUUCAUCUACAAACUUUCUGUAUGAAUUAGACAAGGUUACACAAGACAUUCUUAUGGAAGUGGUCAAUGUCCAGAAAACAAGUGUGCCUGGAGAUUUGAUAGCCAUACCAGGUUCCUUCAUGUACAUAAUACUAACCAGAAAUCUUAACAUGGCAGAGCUACGGAAACUUCGAAGGCAGUUCAUCAGCUAUAUGAAGAUGCAUCCAACUGAAAAUAUUGGACAGAUUGCAAACAUGUUUGCACAAUACUUAAAUAAGAGUAUACACUAAAAACAGUGUGUUUAUUUAAAGGAGUUCUAACCUCUGGUUUUAUCAUGUAUUCAGUAUUUUAUCUUUUUAAAAACAGACUGGAAAAUGAGCAUUCUGUUCUCAAUCACUUUUUUAAAAAUAUCAUAUAGAUUUCUUUGUUUAAAAUGUCUUGUUUAAAAUAAUAAUAAAUUUCAUUUUCUUUUUGUAUCAGUA